UAUCCGAGCCAAACGCAGUGAGAGGAAAGUGGAACACGGGAAAGAUUGUAGAAGUAUUUCAUGGAGACGACGGUUUGGUCAGGAAUGAAAACUGCUACCGGAACCUACAGCUGACCUAUCAACCAGAUAUGUGUAAUUUAUCCAGCAGAAGGCUACGAUGAUACGAUGAGGAGUGAAUGGGAGUUCUGCCAUUGUCGGGGGGAGUGUUUCAUUGACAAUGAAAGAACGUUAUGUUAGAUUAUUAUAACAUUGCUUAAUUAGUCGGCAUUUUCUCGAACGGUAUUCGGAAUGAUCCGUGAAUGCAAAAGUGAUGAGCCAAGCAGAUUGUUGAACAUGUUUUUAAUUUGUAAAGUUUUUAAGACUAUAUGAGGCUUUAUUACUAAGAUUUAUUGUUAUUUAAAUGUCAAGAUAGAAGAGAAAAGAUAUGCUUGGGACAGAUGUAAGUUUAAAGCUUUAGUUUAAUCGAUUUUGUCAUAUUAUUAUAAUUUUAAUCCAUGUAAACAUAGCGAUUUAUUUCUAUAUAUUCAGUUUCAGAUUGUUGUUGUUAUUUAUCGAUAUUAAAUAUUAAUCCUGAAACCCCAAGCGUGUUUUAUGGUAAUAUGUUAGUUCCAUGCCAUCGUCGGUACAAUCGUGUUAUUUUCUCUACUUGACGACCGGAAAUGUCUCGGGCUUGGACACGUGGAAAACUAGAGAAAGGAUUAUUCCAUGUUGUGAUGGUCUUCUGAGAGGACGUCCCAGAUACAGGUUUCCUUCAUACUCCCCAAUUAAUUUUUCAAUUUCUGAGUUGGACCUUUUCCUUUGAUGUUGUCAGUUUUAUUGGGAACGAUUUCGCUUUUUUGGGAACGUUUUCUUCGAUAUUUUCUGGCCACCAUGUGAACUGGCCACGAAAAGCUUGCCCGAACUUGCGCUUUUUUUCAAACGUAUCGCAAAUGCUCGUAAGUUUAAAAAAACUUGCGAUGAAGUUUCAGCGGUUACAUUAAGCAAAUCACUGAACUAUUUCGAACUAUAAGUACACUGGAAUGAUAACUCCAAGUCUCCAAUGAGUCUUUGAAGCCGACGCGGGGGAAAAUUAGUUUUCAAAAGGACUAAGGAGAGUUUCGAGGAGUGAAAAAAUUCGGUCAAAAAUUUGUUUUUGAGCAAACGUUUGCAAGAAAACCACUUUUCCCAUGGGAAUGCUAUAAUGAUUGGGAUUCAAACCUGGUUUUCCAAUUAGUUCCAACUGUUUUAUAUCUAUGCUGCAAAAAGUGAGGAGUUUUGCUUUUGUAUUUUGAAAAAUGACGAAAGUUUGGACACUUCGCUCUGCAACUUAAAAAAUACUAUAAAACAUUUUGACAGUCCCAAAACUUAUUUUGUACUAAACCCCAGGUAUUGUUAUUUAUCCUGAGCUUUUAGUCCUUGUUUUAUUACCUCAUCAACUAACCAUUAAUAACCAAAGUGAGAGUAAAGCAAGAGUACCAAGAAUUCAUAGACCUAAUUAUAGCAAUUUAGUUAAAAUCCCCACUAUGAAAACUCAACAGCCAAAGUCACCGCACUUUAAAUUAGUCCAUAGCUUGAACAUCAGAUCGCUACGCAACACUGCUCAUUUGACACAGCUCAAGGAAUUCCUUUCAAAGACAAAAACUGAAGCGCUUACAUUAUCAGAAACGUGGUUGAACACUACGAUAACGAAUACUGAGAUCUACAUCGAAGGUUAUACAUUAUACAGACAAGAUCGCUUAAAUAAACGUGGAGGUGGUAUUUGCGCAUACAUCCGAAAUGACAUUAACGUCUCCAAACUCAAGGAAAUUUCAUCUGUUUCUGAAAACUAUUUCCAUCAGUUUUGGCUGAAACUUCAAAGUAAAAAGUUAAAAUCUAUCGUAAUAUGCAUAUCCUACAGACCACCAGAGUGUCCGUUGUCCUGCCUAGAAACCAACUUAAAGCCGAGUUUUGUCCAAGCCCUUCUCCUAAACAAGCCCAUUUUUAUAUUGGGAGAUCUGAAUUGCAACGUUAUGAAGGAUAGUCCAGAGAACACAGCGGGGUGUGCUCUCACGUAAGGUAUGCUUACUUUGGCCAAGAAUUCUUUUCCUCAAAAUUAGCCAAUCACAGCUUUACCCACGAAAAUUGUGGGGCUUGACCUUUGACCUUGAGGCUUGGGUCGUCAAAAGUUUCAAAACAUUUAAUCUUGAACAUUUCAUAUCUUCAUUUGUACGUAUUCGUAUCUUAAACUGAUUAUCUGCGAGAGCUGAGAGAUAUAUUUGUUAUACAUAUACCAGUCUACAAAUUUAUAAUAUGGAACAAUUGUAAAAUCUGUUAGAAUUUGUCGAGCUUUUGUUUUGAAAAGACAGUGUAGUAAAAUCGAACAAUAUCACCUAAAAUAUUUCGCGAUGUUUUGAUUACUUUACAAGCGUUUGCAGGUUACUGUAACAUGGGUAAUAUACUGGACAAAGACGUCAAGACAAAAUUAUAAAGUUACAGUGUACAUUACUGCGGGUGUAGUUAAUAGAUUUAUACUAAUACUAAUUGAAGAUUACAGAAUUCAGCCUAUAUAAAAUACUGAAUUGAUUCAUUGCAUAUUUCGGUUUCUAAGUUUGUAUAUGACUAGCCAGUUUAUAAAGUUUAAUAAAAUCGUAAUUACAAAUGUCGCUCUGAAAUUGAACGUUCGGAAACUUAUAGUAUAUAUUGAAUAUACAUGCCGUCACGCAGUCGCGUCAAGUUCAAAACAAGUAUUACCAGUGAAUAGUUUUAUAUACAUUUAAGCCUCGACCUAUCGCGUACAUUCGUUGGAAAACUAAUAUUCAAUAUUUUCUACUUCGACUGCUAUUGAUCAGAAAACUCGAUCUGUUCACAUUUAUGGCCAUUUAAAUACGUAUAUAUUAUUAUUCGAUUAUCGCACGCUCCUUGUUUACACUUUACAGUUGACAUUCAAAGUGGGCGUGUCUAGUGUAUUUGAAUGCUAAUGCAUACAAUGGGAAGGCGAAUUGCUAGCCAAAGUAAGCAGACCGUACGUGGCGGGCUCAAACCCGCUAAAGUAGGUCUGCAUAGGAGACUAGUUCGAGAUAAACUUGAACCAAUUAUUAAUCAUAACACCAACUAGAAUAACAGACACUAGUGAAUCGUUAGUUGACGUGAUAUCUUGUUAAUGAAAGUGGUGUCAUGGAUACUAUUAUAAGUGAUCAUUUACCGGUGUACGCAGUUCUUAAUAUGAAGCUACCCAAGCCACCACCGCAAUAUAUCCUAACGCGAAGCUACAAGGAUUACGACGGAGAAAGGUUCACCGCCCACCUUGCAUCAAGAUCGCAAGAGCUUAUUUCCAUAUUUUCGGAUUCCAAUGUCAAUUCCAAACUCAACAAGUUUAACUACGUCCUUCUUAUAACUUUGGCUGCCCAUGCUCCAGUCAGAAUAACCAAGAUCUAAAAUCGCUCUUGUCCCUUCAUCACAACAGAUAUCAAAAACCAAAUGUCCCACAGAAACCAACUCCACCGUCGUGACAAACGAACACGUGAUAUCGAUGAUUGGAGAGCAUUUAAAAACGCCCAAAGAUCAGUUGCUGCUGAAAAACAACACGUUCGAACUGAAGUUAACCUCCAUAAAGAUAAUUCUAGAUCGUUGUGGAAAGUGGUUAAUAGGUGCAUUCCAUCUAAAGAUAAAAGAAUUUUGACUUACCACAAAAAUACAUUAGAGGUGGCCAACGAUUUCAACCAGUUCUUUCAAUCUGUGGGAAAAAGAGCUGCCGAAACAGCUAAAAUGUUAGCCCUACAAAAUAAUCUAAUAUAUCAACCGAGUUGGAGCCUCAGAAUAGGAGAUCUGAACUCUUCUCUACGGAAUUGUUCAAGUUCACUGGUCAGACUCGGCCCAUUGACAGACACAUUAACAACUCAUUUACCACCUCGGCGUUCCCUGAGUCCUGGAAAAUAGCAGAAAUUAUACCAUUCUUAAUUAAAGGAAGGUGAUCAUGAAGUUGCUGCAAAUAACCGCCCACUUUCAAUGCUUAAAGUACUAUCAAAGAUCUGCGAAAAUGUUGCUCUAAAUCAAUUUAGCGGUUUUCUUAACCGCACUGGCCGCCUAUCCUCCCAACAACAAAGUGGAAACAAAAAGUAUCAUUCAACUGAAACACUCAGUAUAUUAGUCAAUGAUUUUUUGCUAAAAUCGAUGGACAACAAAAAGCUUACUGCUCUAGUUCUUUUGGACCUCUCAAAAGCGUUUGACAGCGACUAUUCAAUCCCGUUAAAGAAACUAAGCAAUAUUGGGGUUUCAGGUGAAGCCCUUAACUGGUUUGAAAGCUACAUUACAGAUAGAAAGCAGUUUGUUCGCAUUGGCUCCUCGGUAUCCGAAGUUCUACCAAUCACUCAUGGAGUGCCUCAGGGAGCAAUAUUGUCACCGCUAUUGUUCUGCAUCUAUAUAAAUGACCUCUCAAGAGUAUCACAAGCAUCUGAGUUGGAAUCAUUCGUCGACGAUUCUAAGAUCUUUAUUGUAGUAAGUUGUUUAUUCAGGCAGCCAUAUUGGACAACCACAGUCGCCCCAGACCUCUAAGUAUCAUGCUACAUCUCCCUUUCUUUAGCAACGUUAACAAAUCCCUAACAUAACUAAUCAUGAACUAGAACAAGUCAAAAUAUUAAGUUUUUUAAAGGUUUAUAUACUGUUCGCAUCUGUCUCCAGUUCAUUUCUUCUCUAGCAUUUCUCCUUUGAAGUCCUUUCUCUUCCUGCGACAGUAAAUGUUAAAAUGUUAAGUAGUUAAGUGUAUCGGUGUAUAUGGCAAUGUUUUCUUUAUUGUUCAGAUGUAUACCUACGAUUUGGUUUUAUUGUUCGACCAUACCGUGAAGUCACUAAUCCUGGCUGGUCUUGUUUCACCAGACGUUCGAGUUGAUCUUGUCUCCGCGUUUGUCGAACUUGGUUCUGGAACUUUCAUCAAAUGUGAUCGAUUUCGCCUUAAGACUCUGUCGUUGCUAUCUGUUAUCAGGUAUGAUCUUGGAGCGAUCUCUUUUUUAACUUUUGCAGGUUGCCAGUUUGCUUUUGGGUCUGUUUUUUGCCAUGACGUGAUCUCCUUUGCUUAAUUUGGGGAGCGAUGCGGUGUGCUGGUCAUAAUAUCUCUUUUGUCUGUCUCGUUCGUUCUUAAGAUUCGUUGUAACAUUUUCAACUACUUUUGGCUUUAGAAGCUGGUCGCUGACUGGCAACAAGGUUUUGGUUCUACGACUAAAAAGUCGUUGAGCUGGUGAACCAAGGUCGUUGUUUCUUGGUGUAUUGCGAAGCUCGAGGAUUGCCAAAUUGGGAUCUGUUCCUUCCUUGCGUGCCUUCUUUAGGACUUUCUUUAAGGUCUGGAUUGUACGUUCGGCAAGACCGCUGCUCUUUGGGUAAUGUGGACUCGAUGUCUUGUGUGUGAAAGUCCAUUCUUUUGCAAAUUGCUUGAAUUCUGCAUUGUUGAAUUGAGGACCAUUGUCCGAGAUUAAAACAUCUGGAAUGCCGUGUCUUGCAAAGGUGGUUUUACAAUGCUUAAUUAUAGUUGGUGUUUUCGUACUCGUUAGCUUCAUUACCUCAAAAAAGUUUGAAUAGUAGUCCACUAAUAGAAGGUAGCUUUCUUUAUGCAACUCAAACAAAUCUGCGCCUAAUUUUGACCAAGGUCUGUCCGGUAUCUCAUGAGGUAACAUAGGCUCUUUACAUUGGCUGUUUCUGUGCUCCAAACAGAGUGAACAUUUGGAGACCAUUUCUGUUAUUUGCUUACUCAUACCUGGCCAGAAAAUAACAUCUCUAGCCCUACGUAAUGUUAGUUCUAUGCCAAGAUGUGCUUGGUGAAGUUUCUCUAAUGUGAUCGCCCUUUCGCUGGCUGGAAUGAUUAAUUGUUCUCCUCGAAAAAUGAGACCGUCAUAACAACUCAGUUCAUCGCGAUAGCUCCAGUAAGGGCGAGUCUCUAAUGGUGCGUCUGACCUGUUAGAUGGCCAACCCUUUUGGCUUGUAACUCUGGAUCUUUUUCAGUAGCGUUUCGUAUUUGAUUUAAUUUUUCUUCUGUUGCAAGUAUAAUAAUGUGUACAUGGAAAAUGUCAUCGGUCGAUGUGUCUCCGUCUUUACAUUCUUGGGUUGAGUCAGUAGCUCGACUAAGUGCAUCUGCGAUAUACAUUUGUUUUCCAGGCUUGUGAACGACCGAUAUGUUAUAUUGCUGGAGACGGAGUAACAUACGUUGUAGGCGGAUAGGUGCUCUGUAUAGUGGCUUGGUUACAAUCGCUUCUAAGGGUUUGUGGUCUGUUUCAACUACAACUGUUCGACCGUAAAUAUAUUGGUGAAAAUGUUCGCAACCAUACAGGAUGGCUAAAAGUUCCUUUCGAUUUGCGCAUAUCGCUUUUGACAUUCAGUGAGGGGCUUGGAGGCAUAGGCAACUGGUUGUUGGCUUUGGAGCAAUACUGCCCCAAGUCCUUCCGAACUAACAUCCACUGACAGGACCAAUGGUUCGUUUAUAGCAUAGUAUUUAAGAACUGGUGCUUUGGUGAGAAGAGUUUUUAAUGAGUCUAGACUUUUUUUAUGUUCAUCAGACCAGUGCCAUUGAACAUUUUUCUCUAAUAGUCGGCGUAAUGGUGCAUACUCUUCAGCCAUAUUUGGUAUGAAUUUGGACAGGUAUGCUAACAUUCCCAUGAAUCUUUGCAAAUCUUGUUUGUUUGUGGGACCCGACAUAUUUAAGAUGGCGUCGACUUUCGAAGGAUCUGGUUUGACACCUUGUUCACUCAGAAGAUGUCCAAUAUAGGGAAUUUAUGUAAGACCAAUUUUGCACUUGUCUUUGUUCAACUGGAGGCCAAUGGCCCUAAGUCUUUCCAGGAGUUUGAUUAGUCUUUCAUUGUGUUGCUCAUUGUUCUCGCCCCAUACAAGCAUAUCCGCCAUUAUAACUUCAACUCCCUCUAGGCCUUCUAGCAGUUGUUUCAUGUGUUUUUGAAAAACUUCAGGGGCUGACUUUAUGCCAAAUGGUAAGCGUUUAAAUUUGUACCGUCCGUAAGGGGUGUUAAACGUACACAACAAACUACUGGCUUCAUCCAAAGGUAUUUGCCAAAACCCACUUUUGGCGUCGAGGACUGAAAAAACGUUGGCAUUGGGAAUUCGGGCAGUUCUUCAAUUGUUGGAAGAGGAAAAUGUUCACGUUUUAUGGCUUCAUUUAAAUUUCGUGGAUCCAGGCAUAUUCUUGUUUUGUGUGGCUUAAUAACAGUUACCAUGGAGUUAAUCCAAUCGGUGGGUUGAUCAACUUUUUCAAUUACACCUUUGUUACGGACAUACCGCACAAGAUAUUAUAGUCUUCAAAAUUUUAAUGUUCAUUGUAAAAUACACGCUUACAAACAGCGGUUUAUAAAAUUAUUGACCAUGCUCUCAACCAUAAUAUCUUGUGCGGUAUGUCCGUAACAUAGUUUAUAAAAUUGACCUGAAUUCGAUGAGAUUGACAAAUUGUUAGCGCCGUAUACAGUCGGUGUUAUUGUUGACUUUGUUGUCAAUAAUCAAUGUUUAGCGGUCAAGUGCAUACGAAUGAAGACGGUGAGUUUGCUGAUCUUGGAGCCGUUGGAGAAGCAUUUCAAGUUGGUCAAACCACGAAUAUAGGAGAAGAAAGUUUCGUGGGACGCCGAGCGGGAAAUAUAAGCAAUUGGAACGACGAUGCUCGAAGAGAAAGAGCUCAAGAUUUGAAGCGUUCGCGUGCAGGACAUUUGUCACGGUUGACAAGGUUAUAUAGAGAGAUUAAUAACCUAACCAGUACUAAAGACAGUCUGUUACAGCCAGUUAUAGAGAAGAGGAUCGAUCUAGACGUUGCCUUUGAAAAGUUCAAACAAGUACAUUAUUAUUUGUAUGUUGCGUAUUUGACAGAUAACGAAGUUAUAGAAGAUGAGCAAUGGAUUUAUGAAUCCAGAGUUCGAGAGCACGAUGGCAUUUUGCAAAAUACUGAUCAAUGGAUACAAAGAACUAAAUUGAAUCUUGAGUCAGAGAUAAGGGCGGAGGAUUCUAUCAGUCAAAUAAGUUCACACAAUCCAAAGCCUGAUGCAAAACUCGCGGAUUCACGAAGUCGCGCGGGUCCAGAAAGCCACGCGAGGUCUCGAGUCGACGUGGGUCUUGGAAGACACGCAAAUACACGAAGUCACGCGAGUCCAUGAAUCGACGUGGGUCCACGAAGCCACGCAAGUCCACGAAGUCAUGCGAGUAUACGAAGCCACGCGGGUUCUGGAAGUCACACGAGUUUCGAAAGCCACGCGAGUUCGGUAAUGAGGUUAAACGAAGCGACGGAAAAAAGAGAACUUGCUCGUCUAAAGCUCCAACAGCUUCAGAAGUUACAAGAGUUGGAGUUAAAGAAGCUUAGAGUAAAAGGCGAAGAAGGUACCCUCAAGCUUCAAAAUGAGUACGAACAAGCUAUCCUCAGUGAACGGAUAUGGGGUCAAACAGAAGAAGUGAUAAGUCGAGUGGAGAAACAAGAACUGCCUAAAUUGGUUUCUCGAAAGGAUGAAUCACCUAAGAGCGCACAACCCCUUCCUUUUAUCCCAGGAACUUAUUUGGAACGGAAGCACGAUAUUGGCAUAUCGGAAGAUGUGAAAGGUCAGAACGAUAAGUCAGAGUUUCAAGUUAAUAGAGACAGUCUUUCUAGUAAACCCUCGUCGUUCUGUCCAUCUCGAAGCAACGCCAACGUGGGUGGCCAAGAAAUUCUCAAAAGCGUUGUCGGUAUAUUGAAUGAAGGUUUUAACAUGCCGAAGCCAGAGUUACUCACGUUCGAUGGCAAACCUUUGCAUUACUGGAGAUUCAUAAACAAUUUCGAAACGAACAUCGCCAAUGAAACUACGAAUCCUAGAAAACGUCUGGCAUACUUAAUCCAGUACUGCAAAGGAGAAGCUAGGGAAGCGAUUGAAAACUGUAGUAUUCUCGAUCCAGAAAGGGAAUAUUUGAAGGCUCGAGAAAUUUUGCAACAACAAUUUGGAAGACGUCACGUUGUUACACAGUCACAUAUCAAGCAGAUAGUCGAUGGGGUGGAUGGUGCCAGCCUGCAAAAAUUGGCUCGUCAAAUGCAAAAUUGUGAGUUGACACUAUCAAAGAUGGGAUGGUCAGAUGAAUUGAAUAACAGCGAAACUCUACUACGAAUUGUGGAUCGUUUGCCCAGUUUUAUGCAGCUUAAGUGGAACGACGACCUCGAUUUUCCGACCUUGCCCGAUUUAUACAAGAUAAAGCCGAUGUUGCUGCAAAUAUGUUUGGGAAACAUGUGGUAGAAGCUAGAAAGAAAGCUACUAGAGAUCUACCUAAAGGUAGAAUAAAGGAGACAGCACGAGCAACUACCUUGGCCACAGCAAAUAAAGAAGUUCCCAGAGAAAGCGGAAAGACAGCUACAUCACGGUGUUUAUUGUGCUCACGCGAUCACGAACUCAGUAGAUGUGAUGAAUUCAAGAAGAAAUCGUACGAAGAGCGAGUUCAAAUCGUUAGAUCCAAAAGAAUCUGCAACAAUUGUUUCAAAUCUGGACACUUUGCAAUAGGUUGCUUGGAGAAAAAGUUGUGCGAAUUACCGGAGUGUCGAAGAAAACACCACACCCUGUUGCAUCCACCAAAUCCUGGUCCAGAAACAUCUAGCCAGAAGAAUCAAGCGGUGCAAGUUGAUGUUGGAUCGUCAGCUGGUGUAUGUGGUAUGACCAGCUGUAACCGUCGCGACGUGUGCCUGAGAAUUGUUCCGGUUAAAGUUGGUAAUCCUGAUGGUCGGAAAGUGGAAACUUAUGCCUUGCUUGAUAGCGGCUCAGAAGUUUCUUUAUGCGAUAGACGGUUGAUAAAUAAAUUAGGUCUGGACGGAGUUGAAAAGCAAUUUACGUUAACAACCUUAAAUGAAGAAAAACAGUAUCGAAAUGGUUUGGAAGUGAAUCUAGAAGUUUCGAGUUUAAACAACGAACAUUCGAUUUCGCUAGAAGGAGUAUGGUCCGUGGAAGCAUUGCCUGUUUCGUCAAAAGCCAUACCAGUUGAAGAAGACUUGAAGAAAUGGACUCACCUCAGUGACCUAGAGUUCCCGAGAAUAGAAACUGAAGAC